GUAUUGUACUUUAGGCUGUAGCGACCCGUCAAAGAAAAAUCAAAGAAGAAAGCAAAACACAAAAAAGAAGGGAGGCAACCAGGACACGGAAGUGGCUGAAUUUGUUGUCCCAUUUUCCUCACCGCUCUUUUUUUUUUAAAUCCAAAAUAAACAGCAGAAGCCCCCAGACAGGCGCGAUGAACCUGGAAAGACUGCCAAAUGAGGAGAAACUGAGUCUGUGCAGAAAAUAUUAUUUAGGAGGAUUCGUUUUCCUGCCGUUCCUGUGGCUCGUCAACGUCGUUUGGUUUUUCCGGGAGGCUUUUGUAAAACCGGCCUACACUGAACAGGUGCAAAUAAAAACAUAUGUCAAGCGCUCAGCAGCGGGGUUGCUGUUCUGGGUCGCAGUCCUCACCACCUGGAUCACGAUUUACCAGCACUACAGAGCCCAGUGGGGGGAGGUGGGAGACUACCUCUCCUUCACAAUUCCGCUGGGCAUUCCUUGAACCUCUCUCUCUUUUUUUUCAUGCAUUUCAUUCUGAGAUGAAACUACGUUUUGAAUAUGUUCAUCAAAUCAGUUGUUAAAUGUGUUUGUAUUUCUAAAUGCUACAAACAAAUAAAUUCUGGAUCGGAACGUUCAGAUUUAAUGUUAUUUUGUGCUAGACCGAAACGACUUGUCAACGAUGAAACCGUGUUAAGUUGACUUUCCCCAAAUGUCUGUGGAUGAGCACUGCAUUGCCCUUAUUUUAAUGGCAAAUAAAAUCUAUAAUCCGU